ACUUUCAUUCAUUUGAGCUGUUUCAACAUGAGUCAAUCGAUAUUUGUAAUGGGUUAAAUUAGCACUUGAAAAUUUAAUGUUUUAAACGCGAUACUCUCGAUUAAUUCUUUAUUUUGAGCAUUUCAUUUAAUUAGCGGAAUGAAAACAGAAGAAAAGAACAAAGUUGACGAUGUCAAAUGGAAUGGUUGGGGAUUCACUGAUUCCAUGUUUGUGGUUCAAAAUAAUGAAGUUUAUUUUAAAGGAAAUCGGUAUUCGGUAGGAAAUGGCCAGGAAGAACCUUUGGAAUAUUUUAAAGAGUGGGCUGCUGAAGUUUUAAAUGUCGAUUUAUCCGAUCCCGGUAUAACUGAAGGUGAUGAUUUACCAGAAUCCUACCCGGAAUCAAAUGUUCCUAAUGAUUUUCUUAAUGAAUUACAAAAAAAUGAUAUACAAUUUAGCACAUCAGGAGAAAACAGACUGAGGAAAUCGCAUGGUCAAACAUUAUACGAAAUAUUUACAUUACGCUUAAGAAAACUACCCGCCAGAAUUCCAGAUAUAGUGACAUGGCCUAAAAGUCAUAAUCAAGUCGAAAUGAUCGUUAAACUUGCUGUUAAAUUCAACAUGGUCAUAAUUCCAUUCGGCGGUGGAACAAGCGUCUCUGGAGCAUCGGCUUGCCCUAGUGAAGAAUUAAGACCAAUUAUUGCUGUAGAUACGUCGAAAAUGAAUCGCCUGCUGUGGAUCAAUAAGGAAAAUUUAACGGCUUGUUUUGAAGCUGGAAUUGUUGGAAGAGAAUUAGAACAAAUCUUACAAUCUAAAGGAUUUAUUUGUGGACACGAACCUGAUUCUUACGAGUUUUCGAGCUUAGGAGGCUGGGUGGCCACCAGAGCUUCUGGAAUGAAAAAAAAUGUUUACGGAAAUAUUGAAGAUAUUUUGAUUGGAUUUCGUAUGGUAACACCUUCUGGUACUCUGCAAAAAUGCUGUGAUAUUCCUCGUGUGUCGUGUGGUCCUGAUUUCACUCAUAUUGUUUUGGGGUCCGAAGGUACGUUGGGAAUCAUUACAGAGAUUACCUUGAAAAUUCGACCGAAACCUUCAUUUAGAAAAUAUAGUUCUUUUGUAUUCAAAAAUUUCGAAAGUGGAGUCAAGUGUAUGAGAGAAAUUGCUAGACAGAGAUGUCAACCAGCUUCAGUUCGAUUAAUGGAUAAUGAACAAUUUAAAUUUGGUCAAGCUUUACGUCAACGUACCGGUUUACUCGGAGCACUCAAAGAUAAUUUGAAGAAAUUUUAUUUAUUUGUAAUCAAGAAUUUUGAGAUUGAAAAUAUUUGUGUAAUGACUUUGUUAUUUGAAGGAUAUUCGUAUGAAGAACUGGAAUCAAAUUUCAAGAAAAUCUCUGCCAUAGCUGAAUCAUAUGAAGGUUUAUGCGCAGGUGAAAAAAAUGGUGAACUUGGAUACCAAUUGACCUUUAUCAUCGCUUAUAUUCGGGAUUUAGCGCUAACAUACAAAGUGGUAGCAGAAUCGUUUGAAACUUCAGUCCCUUGGGAUAAAACGCUGCCUCUUUGUAACAGUGUUAAAAACUGUCUACGAGAAGCAUGUCAAAAAAUGCAAAUCAGUCACUACUUUGUAUCAUGCCGAGUAACUCAAACUUAUGAUACCGGCUGCUGUGUGUAUUUUUAUCUCGGUUUCAACUGGGGAAAUUUUGAAAAUCCUGUGGCAGUUUUCGAACACUUGGAAACAUUGGCUCGAACAGAAAUCUUGAAGUGUGGAGGUUCCAUAUCACACCACCAUGGAGUUGGUAAAAUUAGAAGUAAAUUUUAUCAAAGUCAAGUAUCACCCUUGGGUGUUCAAUUAUACACGGUAAUCAAAAAAUUUCUGGAUCCGCAUAAUAUUUUCGGGGUAGGAAAUUUAUUGUGUCAUUUAUAAAUAGGUAUUCAAAUUCAGGUACAAAUUUGUUAAAGAUGUUUUUAUUUUGUUACAUUUAUUUAUAUUAUUACUGUUCGUGUAAAAUAUUUAUGGAAAUGUACAAUAUCUUUAAGGCUGAAAAUGAUAUCGCGUUAAAAUUUGUGCCAUUUUUUUUGUCUAAAACAUUGCCAUCACUACGAUAUAGAGCUCAAUUUACCAAUAAAAAAGUUCAUUGUUUUG